AUGGCCACCAGACCUAGCCCCAGCAGCACAAGUCCUUCGGUCCUGUCCAACAGCCCCUUCCCCCACGGCUCCCACACCAGCUCCACAUCGUCAUCGCCGCCAAAGCUCUUUGCCUCGCACAACACCAUGACUGCCGACGCCUUUGCACCGCACGCCUAUCCCACCCCCGGUGCAAUCGGAGAGCGCAGGCCCACGGACAAAGGCUCCGUCGUCAGCCCUCGCCACAGCAUUCUUUUGCGCAAGCUGCCCAGCAACAGCGACCGUGAGGCAGUGCGCAACAUUCUCCUCUUUGCCAAAGACCUCAUUGACUGCGAGGUCCUCUCGCAGCCCAGACACGCAGACGACAAGGGCUUUGCCUGCGCCGUCGCCCACUUCCAGACGUACGAGGGCGCAAAGGAAGCCCGCGACCUACUAAACGGCAAGCGCAAUGCUACCAACGAUGCCACACUGGUCGUCGAGUUGAUGCACGAGGCACCGUCCGGCACCGUCGGGUCGCGUCGCAACACCCUCGACAGCAUACCCGCGCGCCAGGCCUCCGUGGUAAGCUCAAUGUCCACCUCGACUGCCAAUGGACGACAGUCAUCGCGAUACAACGGCACCUUCCAAAACAUGGAGAAGAUGUCCCCACCCAACGGGACCCCAGGUCUUGGCAACGGAGAAUUCCCGGUCAACAACCUCUUCUCGCCGACAUCUCCCGUCAACACGUCUUUUGCGAGCCGCAACUUGGGCAAGUCAGUCAUCAACGACGAGGCCGACGACGACGAUGGCCUGCUGAACGAGUCGAUUGGAUAUGCCACUGGUGGCCCCCAGGCUCAGUCAAGCAUGCAGCGUCGCGCCACAAACCCAAACUCUUCUACCAUCCCCGUCCAGCGUUUUGGAAGUCUUUCUCUCAACACCAACGGCGCUACUGGAGUCAAAUCCCCGCCCAUGUCCACCUAUGCAUCCCCUCGUUCGGGCUCCAACAUGCAAUCGCCAGUUCCCACCAUGUCUACCAUGUCUGCCAUGUCUCCGCAUAGCAUUCCAUCUGCCUUGAGCAGUGGACCGAGCACUGGCUACCAGCAGUAUUCUCAGCAUUUUGCAAGGCCCACGUAUCCGCCCGUGAACCCCGCCGAUCAGAACCCACCGUGCAAUACUCUUUAUGUGGGCAAUCUUCCAAUGGACACUUCCGAGGACGAGCUCAAAGCCGUCUUUUCAAAGCAGCGCGGAUACAAGCGCCUCUGUUUCCGGACCAAGCAGAAUGGCCCCAUGUGCUUUGUCGAAUUCGAAGACACAUCGUUUGCUACCAAGGCUCUCAACGAGCUCUAUGGAUACAUGCUCCACAACAGUGUCAAGGGCGGUAUCCGCCUGAGCUUUUCCAAGAAUCCCUUGGGUGUGCGCAGCGGCCAAAACUCUGGUCUCGGUCCACAGUCUGCCAUCACCCCAACUACCCCUCUUUCAGCUUUUGGAAACGGCGUCGCUGCCCCUCCUGGUUUCUCAACAGCUACUGGCCCACCACCGGGCUUGUCAGCACCUCCCGGCCUAUCCGCGGCAGGCCACGCCAAUGGUAGCUCUGCCUUUGGCAUGUAUGCCAAUGGGGGUUUCGGCAUGGGUCCCAACGAUAUGGCCGCCUCUAUGCGUCAACCACUAGCGUCCAGCGGCACCGGCAACGGCUUUGGAGGCUACUCCUCAUUCAUGAUGGGGCGCUAG